AUGCAGGUGGCCUUGGUGCAAUCCUGUUUCCGGGAGGGUCCCGGCCUGGUGGCAGCCAGAGACUUCGUGGCCGGUGAGGCUGUGAUCACGGUCACGGGUCCGUUCCUUUCCAUGCAGGCAGCCCUAGCGUACGACUGCAAAGCCGUAUUGAGCCUGAACUUCCGAAGGGAGAACUCGGAGAAGCUGGCUGCGAAGAAGUGUUCGCCAGUCACAUCCAAGAGCUUGUUGCACUAUGUGCACUACUUGGAUGGAGAUGCCCCUGGCAUCGAUGAUGGCUCGGAUGGCGACACGGGCACUGGUCAGGUUGUGGCGUUGUCGCCCGUGAUCAUACAGUCGCCUUACCGGGAGCCAGUGCUGCGCCUGGAAGCCCAGGAGGACAUCAAAGCUUUCCAGGGCGAGCUAGCGGUGAAGCUCGUGCUUGCUGCCGCGAAGCGGCACAGUUCUGCAGGCCGUUGCCUCGGGAGCAGCUUGCGUCGCAGCAGUAGUAGCCGCGGUACAGUACUGCUAGGAGCAGGGUUGUCUCGAGGCCCGAUGCUGCCAAGUGGGGAGGAUGCCCUGGAAGAGGAGGAGCAGAACACCGAGGAAAAACAGGUCGUGCAGACAGGCAGCGGCAGCAGAAGGAGUGCAGACUGA